UGAAGCCAAGAUGGCGGCGCGCGUACCGCUGUCUCUGAAGAUGUCACCCUCAGCUUCUUUGGGCGCUCGGUUUCUAAUAAAAGAGCAAACCUUUCCCCAAAACCUGCUUAAAUCUUUAACGGAGCUUUUCAAACGAGGUUACUCCGUGAAACCCCUCCAGGCGGUGGAGGACAGCGGGCUCGGCGGCGCCCGGUUCAGCGGCCCCCUGGAUCACUACGCCGGGCUGAUCGGAGACGGGACGCUGCGGGAGGACGAGCAUCAACGAGCGGUGCUGCAGAAGCUGGACGAGCUCCACAAAACCCUCAGAGGCUACAGCAACGCGCCGACGUCCAUCUUCUCCAAGUUUUUCACAAAGCCAAAAGCUCCAAACGGCUACUACAUCUACGGUGACGUUGGCACAGGAAAAACUAUGGUCAUGGACAUGUUUUACUCGUAUGUGGAGACUGAAAAGAAAAAACGGGUUCACUUCCAUGGCUUUAUGCUGGAUGUGCACAAAAGAAUCCAUCGACUAAAGCAAAGUAUGCCAAAAAGGAAAGCAGGAAAAAUGGCCAAAUCCUAUGAUCCCAUUGCUCCAGUUGCUGAGGAGAUCAGUGAGGAGGCUUGUCUUCUGUGCUUUGAUGAGUUCCAGGUCACUGACAUAGCAGAUGCCAUGAUCCUCAAGCAGCUUUUUGAGAAUCUGUUUCUUAAUGGAGUUGUUGUUGUAGCAACUUCUAAUCGUCCACCUGAAGACUUGUAUAAAAACGGACUGCAGAGAGUCAACUUUGUGCCUUUUAUAGCUGUCUUGCAGAGUCAUUGCCAAACUCUUCGUCUGGAUUCCGGGAUAGAUUACCGCAAGACGAGCAGACCCUCUGCUGGGAAACUCUACUUUCUCUCCACUGAGCCUGACGUGGAUGCAACACUCGACAAUAUGUUUGAUGAGCUGGCUUUCAAGCAGAAUGACAUAACACGACCUAGAGUUUUAAAUGUAAACAACAGGAAAGUCCGUCUGAAUAAAGCAUGUGGGACCAUUGCAGACUGUACGUUUGAGGAGCUAUGUGACAGACCUUUAGGGGCCAGUGACUACCUGGAGAUAUCUAGGCUUUUCGACACAGUCUUCAUUCGACACAUUCCUCUGCUCACACUGAACAAGAAAACUCAGGCCAGGCGGCUCAUAACGCUCGUGGACGCCCUCUACGAGCACAAGGUGCGCGUGGUGGUUCUUGCCGACCACCCUCUGGAGGAUAUCUUCGUGCACGACGGCGACCACAGUCACGACGAGAGCCACAUUCUCAUGGACGACCUGGGACUGAAGAGGGAAGAAGCCAGCAGUCUGUCCAUCUUCAGUGGAGAGGAGGAAAAAUUUGCCUUCCAGAGGACAGUGUCUCGACUCACAGAGAUGCAGACAGAACAAUACUGGCUGGAAGGGGACAGAAGCACCAAAUCACAGGUUUAACAUUUGGGAGAAGUCCACCGUGUUAUCCAACCACCAUGCGCUGUGGUCCUCUCUGCCAAAUCCAACCCGGACGGAACACUACUCCUACUCACGCACAAAGAAAGGGACUGAACUGUAUAUGUGCAAAUGUUUUUCACAGAAUAUUUAUUGAUCUCUUAAAGCCUUUUAUUAUUUUACCGCGACAUUGCACUUUACAAAUCAUUUUUAGGAUGAGCUUGAGGUUGUAUUGCUUCUAGGCAGACUUCAUAACUCGACCCAACUGUAUUUAUAUCUAUGAAUCUCUGAGAAAGAUAGAUGACCUCUGCCUAAUGGACUUUUGUGAAGAUUUAGGAGACUAUUUAAUCUGAUCUCUUCAGAAAUGCACAGUGAUUUUUUUAAAUUCUCUGAGUUAUAUCCUGUAGAUGUCUAAAUAUAGUGAAGGCAGUGGGUUUGGGGGAUCUGAAGCUUUUUUGGGUGCUUUAUGCGGAUGGUGCUGUCUAAAACCAACAUCUAAAUAUUUUAAGCAGUGUUUUAAGUUCCUUCAUAAGAAAAAAAUAUGAAUCUACAUCCAGGAGAGGAUGUAUAUAUUUCUAUGCAUCUAACUUCAUAUGCAAUGACUGGACCUAACUCUUAAAAGAGUUUUAAGAAAAUCCAUCCAGUAACACACAGCUCUGUACUUAAAAUGCUCUGUGAGCACCAUGUUGAACCAUGCCACUUGCUUAUUGUUGCAUUGAGAACAGUAAUAUUGACAUUCACACUACAGGCCUUGGAGGGUUGUCACUGAAAGCUCCACAGUGAAGGCUGAGGACACGACCUGGGCCGCUUCAGUCAGAACCAGCUGGUUUCAGGUAGGAGGCAGCAGAUGGUGUCCAACCAAAUGACACAACAUUGUUUUAUAAUAUAUUACAAUAUGUACC